GGCGGAAGAAAAGAUUUGAUGAAGACUAUCGAAAAAAAUUAUCAUCUAAUUCUAUUGAAUUCCAUGAUAUUAUGGCAGUGUCUGGGAAGUGGAAAUCGCCUCAGGACUUUAUAACCGUAUCUAUACCGACCAAAGAUACUGAUUAUGACAACAGCAAGAACAGGAGAAGUACAACUUUUUACAGAAGAUGGAAGAGGCUUUCUUCACUUCAGAGAUCAGUCUUCGUGGUCGCAUGUAUAUUAUUUAUGUUAUCAUUAAUAAUUUGGCAUAAGAGAACUGACAGUAUAACAACUGCAGAGAAUGAUAUCUUUGAUCACAAACGUCACAAAAUAUCCGAUCACCAUAUUUUACCCAUAAAGAGACCAAAUAAAGAUGUCAUUGUUCGCGAACAUUUAGAUCAACUUAAAGAAUUAGCUAGGAAGCAGGGUGUGGUCCUAAAAAGAGGACCUCCGAAGCUUCAAGAAAGGUUAAAACUGCAUCAUCAAGAGAAAAACAAUAAAGUUAACGAAGCUGUUAAUGUUAGAGAAGUGGAGUUGGAAAAUGGACAAGUUCAUGGCGAUAACAAUAAUAAUGAUGAUAUAAAGCCAGUUGAAGGUCUUGGAGAUACAGCCGGUGAUGGUGAACUUAAUAAACAAAAUAGUGACUAUCAUGUGCUGGAUAUAAAUGGUGUCAAACUACUUCCACAAGAUGAGGUUAAUGACCGACAGAAAGCUGUUAUUGGAGCCUUUAAGCAUGCUUGGAAGGGAUAUAAGGCACAUGCAUGGGGCCAUGAUGAACUUAAGCCUAUAUCAAAGACCUUCAGUGAGUGGUUUGGAGUUGGUUUAACAAUCAUUGAUUCGCUUGAUACCAUGCUUUUAAUGAACCUGAAGGAGGAGUUCAAAGAAGCCCGUAAUUGGGUUCAGAAUGAUUUAACUUUUGAUAAACAUGUUGAUGUCAAUCUAUUUGAAAUAACUAUCCGUGCUCUUGGUGGAUUACUGAGUGCGUAUCACCUGUCCAAUGAUGAUAUUUUUCUCGAAAAGGCUGUUGAUUUGGGCAACCGCUUGCUUCAUUGCUUUACUUCUGAAUCAGGCAUCCCCUACUCUGAUGUAAAUCUAAAGACUUUACGUGCACAUCCUCCAAGAUGGGGACCUGACAGCUCUGUGUCUGAAGUCAGUACCAUACAGCUGGAAUUCAGGGAUCUUACAUAUGCUACAGGCAAUGCUCAUUACAAGAAUGCUGUAGAUAAGGUGAUGCAGCACCUACAUACCCUUCCAAAGAAGCAUGGCUUGGUGCCCAUCUUUGUCAAUGCAGACACAGGGAACUUUAGAGCAUCAGCAACCAUAACUCUCGGUGCUCGUGGAGAUAGUUAUUAUGAAUACCUUUUGAAACAGUGGAUACAAAGUGGCAAGACUGAAGACUGGCUCAAAACUGACUUCAUUGAUUCUAUGGAUGGGGUCAUCUCACUAUUAUCAAGAAGAUCUGAACCCAGCAAGUUGCUUUAUGUAGGAGAACUACUUCAUGGCACCUCCUUUAGCCCUAAAAUGGAUCACCUUGUGUGUUUUCUCCCUGGAGUGAUGGCAUUAGCUACACACAAUGGUCUAGACAAAAAAUACAUGAAGUUUGCAGAAGACAUGAUUGAAACCUGCUACAAGAUGUACUCUCAAAUGCCAUCGGGUCUCAGCCCGGAGAUUGCAUACUUCAACAUGGUAUCAGGAAAGUCUCAAGAUAUUAUCGUCAAGCCUCUGGAUGCUCACAAUCUUUUACGACCGGAAACAGUGGAAUCUUUAUACAUCAUGUAUAGACUAACAAAAAACAAGAAGUACCAGGACUAUGGCUGGAAGAUUUUCCAAGCUUUUGAAAAUCAUACUCGUAUUCCAGAAGGAGGAUAUUCAUCUCUCAACAGUGUGCUGAACUUAUCCCAUAGAUUUAGGGACAAAAUGGAGAGCUUUUUCUUGGGGGAAACUUUAAAAUACUUGUUUCUGUUGUUUAGUGAUUACGAUGUGGUGCCUCUCGAUAAGUUUGUAUUUAACACAGAGGCUCACCCACUUCCCAUUAGAUCAUAAAUAGAAUGAUUCUGAGCCCGGUCGUAGGAAAAGUGGAUAGUGCUAUCUGACAGAUAAAUCUUAUACAGUGGACAAAUUUAUUGGAUAUCAGCAUUGAGUUAUCUGUUGGAUCUAGCACUAUCUAUCCACCUGUUGUACAAACAGGUCCUAGUCAACAGUAUUGGGUAGCACAUGAGUACAUCCAGUGAUGUUGAUAUAAUGGUAUCAUUGUAAUUCACGUUUUCGGCGCUAGCUUGGAUUGUGUUAUAGUCACCAAAAAGUUUGGACAUUGUUCUCGGAUUCCCAUACAAAUUCACUGACUUUAAACUGAGAAAAUUUAGGUACAGACUUCUUUAGUUACCUCUCUUAAGAGCAGUAAGAAAAGCUUCAAUCAAGCUAGAAAAAUGAUCUUUACUUGUAUUUAGAGAACUUACUAAACGAACCAAGUAAAUAGUUCAUUUAAAGUCAGUACAUUUAUACGGAAAUUCAAGAACAAUGUCCGAACUUUUUGGUGACAGUAACACAAUCUAAACCAAUUUAUACUCCGUGACRGCUAGGCCCAAAAAGGUGAAUUGUAUUUAAUCUAGAAUGAUUCUGGUCAACAGUGGUACCAUUGGUAUGCAUCUAGUGAUGUUGAUAUCUGGUGCUUGUUACUGUUGGAGGGGUUAAGACCCAAUCUACAGAUCUGAAAGUUGAAAGUAUUUUCAACAACAAUAGAGGCUUUGCACCAUUAAGUGAUGAAAGCCAUGACAGGAGGUACAACCACUACCAGAAUCCCUUGCACACUUUCUUUUGUUCAGUUUCUCACAAGUGUAAAAAAAUAUUYGAAUACGAAAGAAAAACCAUGAAGAAUCCUGGUAAUGAUUGAGACACCCAUCAUACCAAAAAGGCAUUUAGAGAUAUCAUUUUUUUAGGGAAUGUUUGUCAGUAAUAAAUUCAUCUAAUAUAUCUAUAAUAUAUUAUAAUUUUUUUUCUGAGUUUUUAAAUAGUAAACUAUAUGUAGCAGUAUUGGAUUGGAUUAUUAGGGAAUUUUUUAAAGUACAAAAGAAAUAUAUACACAAGCCUUUGCUCUGGUCAGAUUAUGCAUAUUUAAGUUUAUUUAUAAGACAGAAUUUUGCCUGGUACAAACAGCUAUUAAUUUGAGAACUGUUGCAUGUUUCUACAUCCUAAGGAAACAACUAAGAGCGUUAUUUAUAUUUCUGCUACCUCUACAUCGUCAAGAUACGCCUGGGUUUUUGGCUUUCAUAGACUUGAUAGUCAACUUAAUGAAAAUUUGUUGAAUCUCAGGAGAGCAAAGCUUCCUAAUUUUAUAAGAGGUAAACAGAGAGAAAAAUUCACUAUAUCAAUUUUGUGACUAAGGCAAGUAUGAAGUAGCCCAAUGUGGGUAUUUCAUACAUCCAUCAGUCAAUCAGUUCAGUGGUGGCCAAAAGCACAAAAUCUGGGGUGCUUGCAGAAAUAUUUAACACUCUACUAAGAGAAAAGUGAACCAUGAUCAAAGGUGAUAUAGAGUAUAGUAAGGUGAUAGUUUUGCCUACUCAUAGUUUAGAUAACCAUUACAGUGAGGACGUUCUGCCAACCAUGAUCACCAUUAUUUGCUGAACUUUCUACUGUUUCAAACCCUUUAAAAUGAAGCAUUAAGUUUAAAUUGUCAACAAGUCAUCCAAAUAGACCCUUUGCCAAAAUGGUGGUCAAAAAUUGAAAUAAGUUAAAUUAAGCAAAAACUACCAGUAUAAAGCACUAGAAAGAGCACCUUUACUUUCGUGACC